AAACGUCAAGUAGUCAACGGCCCCGUGCCAGAGCCCUAGAGGUUAUUGUUAUUUAUUGGAAAUAUUAAGAAAAUAAACCAAAAUGCAAGAAAUAUACAAUAAAGUUCCGUGCAGAGAAGAACAAUUAAACGAUUUAUUUGACUACUUCGGUGAAUACGGCGAGCCUUUACCGUGUUCUUUGUUUAUUAGUGGUAAUAUGGGGACAGGCAAAACCCUUUGUGUCGAGACUGUUUUGCGAUAUUUAGGCUACAAAUAUGUUACUGUGAACUGCAUUGAGUGUUAUUCACCGAAGAUUCUAUACGAGGAAAUACUAUCAAGUUUGGAAGACGAAGAGGUAAACGUGAAAAGUGAUUCAAUGCUAGAUUUUAUAAACGGUCUCGUCCGAAUACAAGAACAACAAACGAGCUAUGAUCCUAUAGUUUUAAUAUUUGAUAGAGCCGAAAGACUCCGUUCUAUGGACCACAGCAUUAUUUGCACGUUUUUAAGGCUCCGAGAACUAUGUAACCUCAACAUCUGCUCAGUAUUCAUCACACAUUUGAUUUACGAAAACUUCGACUUUAAGAUGGGCGUGCGGGAGCCCAUAAAGAUGUAUUUCUCGAACUACGACAAGGAGGAAUUGUUCAAAAUAAUACUUUUGCACCACAAAUCCUUUGUACGUCAUGUUUUAAGUGCUCAAGACGUUGACAAUGAUAUUAGAUCUGAUGUAGAGAAGCCAGAGUUAUUCGCCAACUUUCUCAACGCAUUUCUGAGCGUAUUCUACAGACCGUGUCGGGAUUUGAUUGAAUUGCAACACAUGGCUCGGGUGAAUUUCGUCAAAUACUGUGAACCAAUCAUAAAGGCCGAAAUCCAGGCCCAAGACCUUACUAAACUCUGGCGUCACAUCUCACCAAUUCUGAAAACUAGUUUAGAGCUUCUCUACUUACGUAUAAGUAAUUCAAAGCCCCAAACCCAAUCACCGGGCAAGGAAAAUUCUGAUUGGGAUGACCACAAAACAUACAAUUUUGAAAAUACUUUGAAAGAAGAGUUGACUUCAACAAAGACAUUUGCUCAAAGCUUUGAACUGCCUUACUAUGCCAAAUAUCUGUUAAUAGCUUCUUAUUUAGCAAGCUACAACCCACCUAAGGAAGACAAGAGAUUAUUCAUGAAGAAUCAUGGAAAGCAACGGAAAAGAAUGCAGCAGGUCCGAGCUAAAGCAAAAAUCAAUGAAAAGUUGAACACCCAACUCGGUCCAAAGGUAUUCACUUUAGACCGGUUACUGGCCAUUUUCUACGCAAUUUUGGAAGAAAAAAUUGGUUUAACCAGUAACUUAUUGGCUCAAAUUGCAACUUUAGUAGAAUUAAAACUUAUAGCUGGCACUAAAGAGAUAGAUCUGGACACGGCAAAAUAUAAAUGUAUUGUUGGCUAUGACUUCAUAUCAGCCAUUUCCCAGACUGUUGGGUUUAAUAUUAGAAAGUAUUUGUAUGAUUUUAUUUAAAUGAUUUUGUAUUAUGAACUAAUUUAUUGCACUUUGUAUUUAUGUUUUUAUAAUA